CGACAGUAUCAUGGAUGAAUACGCUUCUUAAAAUUGAACAUUUGUCUUUGGAUAUCUGCUUCAUCUCGCCAGCUGUCCCUGCGAAUCAUAGCCGGAUUAGUAUCAAUUAGCUUUCCAAUAUGACGACAGCUCAAGUCGUUCACCAGGAAGAGGAAACCUUCCGAAACUUCGAUUCAAAGGCAGCAACUGACUAUGCAAAGUUCCGCCCAGGCUGGGAUGACGAAUUCAUUGCAAACCUCGUUAGCCGUCACACAUCCCAGGGAGGCAAAACUGAUGUGCUACUCGACCUGGGCUGUGGCCCAGGGACUUCGACUCGGACACUAGCAACACAUUUUCAACGUGUCAUAGCACUUGACCCCUCGCCUGCCAUGAUCGAGGUAGCUCGUGGCAUUCCCAGCAAAACUGCUCUGGGUGAAUCUGUACAAUAUGAAGUCGGGAAAGCCGAGAGUCUGAGCGCUAACCCAUUCAUAAAAGGCCUCACUCAGGCUGGCGACGGCCUAGAGAGCGUGGACGUCAUUACGGCUGCCACAGCUGCUCACUGGUUCGAUCUUGACGCCUUCUGGAUCGAGGCCGCAAAAGUCUUAAAACCAGGAGGCAGUGUCAUCUUCUUCGCCUCGGGCGAAUCUCAUAUCGACCCGAACACUACUCCCAAUGCGGCAAAAUAUCAGCAGCUGAUCGACUUGUUUCAAGAAACUGUUCUAGUACCAUAUGAGGCGCCGGGCAAUAGGCUGACCAGAGAGCUGUACAAGAAUCUCAGGAUGCCGUGGGACGUUGCAGAAGCGAACCCUGACCUCCAACCUGUCUUGAGUGUCUUCAAACGGCAAAACUCGGUCAGGCAAGAAAUCGACAAGAGUGGGCAGCUUGCCAAAGGGGAGAAAUUCGUGCGAGGCGGUCGAGCGGAUUUCAAUACCAUCAAGCUGAUACUGGGAACUGCAAGUCCCAUAGUGAGGUGGAGACAGGCUCAUCAAGAACAGCUCGAGAAGGGCGAGAUUGAGGAUUGCGUGGAUGAGUUUUUUAGGAAGGCAAGGGAAAUCCUUGACGAAACCGAGGAGGGCAGGGGCCGAGACUACAUCGAUACAGGCCUGUCCAUUGUCAUUCUCGUAGUUCGCAAAGACAAGUAGCAAGAGCCAUUAAAAGAUGGCCGAAUUCAACCACCACCCCUCCGGCACGGCCAGUGGAGAUUACCCUAUAAGCAGUCGAAGCAUGUCAUGUGACCCUUGAGUUGAUGUUCAGUCGGGUGACACGACGUCUACGAGAAUUAUGUAGCUAGUGACAAC